GGUCGGAGACCGAGCAUGGACUCGAAGGCCGCGGAACGGCCUCCCGAGGAGACCCUGUCGCUGUGGGAACGGGAGCAAACCUGGCUGAAGGCCCACGUGGUAGACUGGGACACAGAGCCGUGGCAACAAGACCCCAGCUUCUCGGGGCUGCAGAGGGUCGGGGGUGUCGAUGUGUCCUUUGUGAAAGGGGACAGUGCCUGCGCCUGUGCCUCCCUGGUGGUGCUCAGCUACCCAGAGCUCGAGGUGAUCCACGAGGAGAGCCGCAUGAUCAGCCUGACCGCCCCCUACAUCUCCGGCUUCCUGGCCUUCCGCGAGGUGCCUUUCCUGGUGGAUUUGGUGCAGCAGCUGCGGGAGACAGAGCCAGGCCUCAUGCCCCAGGUCCUUCUUGUGGAUGGGAACGGGCUGCUGCACCCCCGAGGCUUCGGUGUGGCCUGCCACCUUGGUGUCCUCACAGGGCUGCCCUGCGUUGGGGUGGCCAAGAAGCUCCUGCAGGUGGACGGGCUGGAAAACAACACCCUGCACAAGGAGAAGAUUCAAGCUCUGCGGGCUGCGGGGGAUAAGUUUCCUCUGACAGGAGAUUCUGGGGUUGUCCUGGGAGUGGCCCUGAGGAGCCAUGACCGCAGCUCCAAGCCACUCUACGUCUCUGUGGGCCACAAGACCAGCCUGGAGACAGCCGUGCGCCUGACCUGCCACUGCUGCAGGUUCCGGGUCCCCGAGCCAGUGCGCCAGGCUGACCUCCGAUCUCGAGAGCACAUCCGCAGGACCCUCGCACCCCCAGGGCCGCCCGCACCGGGCCGAGAGAGGUCCCAGAAGGUGCAGAGGCCAGAAGCACGUCCCAAAGGAGGCCGGGGCGAGGGCAGCUGCCGGGGGCCGGGCCCCGAGUCCGAGGCCCCACCACCAGUCCCCCAGGAGCAGGACGGGGACCGGCGGGCUGGGGGAGCUGCGCAGCAUGAGCCGCUGGAGCUGCCUCAGGGCGGGGGCUGCGCCGAGGAGCCGGUCCCUGGGGACGGCGAGGGUGACCCCGCCCAGCCACAGGAGGAACACAGGACAUCCCACUGA